AUGAGUAGUCGCGGCUCUAGUGCAGGUUACGAUCGCCAUAUUACCAUCUUCUCUCCUGAAGGACGCUUGUAUCAAGUUGAAUAUGCAUUCAAGGCGAUAUCAAAUUCUAAUAUGACGUCGGUGGGUGUUCGCGGUCAGGACAGUGUAGUUAUCGUAACGCAAAAAAAAAUUCCGGAUAAGUUAUUGGAUCCAUCCACUGUUACGCAUGUCUUUCAAUUGACCCCGUAUGUCGGUUGCGUUAUGACGGGCUUGAUCGCUGACGCCCGAGCGCAAGUAACUCGGGCCCGACAGGAAGCCGCAGAAUUUCGUUACAAGUUUGGUUACGAGAUUCCUGCAGAUAUGCUUGCAAAGAGAGUGGCCAAUAUAAACCAAGUCUAUACGCAACGGGCUGAAAUGAGGCCCUUGGGUGUUUCAAUGAUCCUGAUCGGAUAUGAUGAUGAACGAGGCCCGCAACUUUUUAAAUGUGACCCAGCUGGUUAUUAUGUUGGAUAUAAAGCAACCGCCGCUGGUGCUAAACAACAAGAGUCUUUGAAUCAUUUAGAAAAGAAACUCAAAAAAGAUCCUUCUCUAAGUUUUGAAGAUACAAUAGAGUUAGCCAUUAAUACUCUUUCAUCUGUUUUAUCAGCUGACUUUAAGGCGACUGAAAUUGAAGUUGGCGUUGUUACACGCGAUGACCCAAAAUUCAGAACAUUGUCUGUUGCUGAAAUUGAUGAACAUCUUCAACGCAUUGUCGAAAAAGAUUAA